CAUUGCGAGCCAGGAAGUGUACGGACUGAUCAGAGGCCAACCAACCAUCGUGAAUUUGCGAUUCAAGGUUCACAAAGAACACAACAAAGAACAAACAGACAAAAAACCCAGAUGAGCAGCUGCUCUUCCAUGGCCUCCCUUCUCAUCACACCCCCCACUGCUACUCUGCAACUCAAGGAAGAUCGCAUGAGGGUCAGCCCUGUAAUUACGAACCCAUCAUCCAAAAUUGACCAGACUGGUCUGAGAAAUUCUAGACGUCAUGGGCGGUGUUUUGUGACAAAAUCUAAGAUGACCGUUGAAGGAGAUGUGCUUGAGAAACAAUCAGUCAGUGUUCAGGACAAAAAUGAUUUUGGAGUUGUUAGUGUCCACCAUGUUGGAUUGCUGUGUGAAAACCUGGAAAGGUCGCUCAGCUUUUAUCAGAAUCUUCUUGGUCUUGAGAUAAAUGAGGCUAGGCCUGAUGACAAGCUCCCCUAUAGAGGUGCUUGGUUAUGGGUUGGUUCUGAGAUGAUUCAUCUUAUGGAGCUUCCCAAUCCUGAUCCUUUAACUGGAAGACCUGAGCAUGGAGGCCGCGAUCGUCAUACUUGUAUUGCAAUCCGAGAUGUGGCUAAGCUGAAAGCAAUCCUUGACAAAGCCGGUAUUCCCUACACGCUUAGCAAGUCUGGGAGGCCAGCUAUUUUCACACGAGACCCGGAUGCAAAUGCUCUGGAAUUUACACAAGUUGAUAGCUGAAGCUUGAGUGCUGCAACAUCCAUAGCAUAGAAUGGGACAUUAAUGCUUUCAUGGUUCCAUUAUGUUUAGGAGCAAAUAGCAAUUGUAGAGUUAGUACAGAUGAUUAUACAUUUAAAACAGAGAUUGUUGCUACUGGUGUAAUUGCCUCCACUAUAACGAGUAAUUGUAUGACUCCUUAAACUAGGGAGUAUGAUCGGAGUUAAAUUUUAGA